AUCAAAAUGAACAAUACUUGUAUGUCCUAUCACUACCAGCCUUCAAAUUUAGUACUGUCCUCUAUUAUGUACACAUGAAAAUGAUGAUAGUCAUACAGUAAAUCUUAAAAAGAAGAACAAGCAAGAAUGGAAGAUAGAUCUGAGAUUAAGGCAUUAAGCAUGAUGUGGAAACUGAAGCGGCGUGUGACGUAACAAUAUCCAACAGAAAGCGGGUCCUUACUUGAGAGGCUCAGAGGCUAUUCAUCCAUCGCAAUCUCUCUGGAUAAGUCUAUCUCUGAAAAGAUGGGCAGCUCUCAAGUCUGCUACUGCUGGCUCAAAUACAGACAUUUGAUCUUAUGCUUGCUCAUUCUCUUUGCCCCAACUUCAAUUUUCACUCAUGAUGCCUUCAUGGCCGAAGGAAGACAAAUUUCAGGCCUAAUUACGGCUAACAAGAAGGGCAUGAAAGUGCAGGGAGCAGCCAUUUCUAAAAAUGCCGAGAUAGGCUCAAGGCCUCCAAAGUGUGAAAGAAGAUGUAGGAUUUGCGGACAUUGUGAAGCAGUACAGGUUCCAGUUGUACCUCAAGUCCAAAGCCAUAGAAGCGAUUCUGCUGUUACAGCAACUCCCAUCAUUGCGUUCUCCAGAACUGAUGAUCUUUCCAACUACAAACCCAUGAGUUGGAAGUGCAAGUGUGGGGACUACUUUUUUAAUCCAUGAAUGAAACUCAAAAAUUGGGAGGACCCGUGUUUGUAUUGAAAUUUAAAUUGUGUUAACUUCAGUCAUACACUCCUCCCUCUCCUUUAACCAUAUGGAAUAGAUAUGGCAUAGUACUUUUUUUUUUUCCCCUUGUUUUUCCUCUGCUUUACCCUUGUGUAUCAUAAUUCACAAGAAUUUUAUGAUCUA